AUGCGGCAAGCAAAGCGGACAUCAUCUCCAACAGUCUCACUCUCGCAUGAAACAUCACCUUCGGGAGAACCGCCAUCUACCCCGUCCCCUCGCGGACGCCCCGCGUCGCGCUACCCGUCCUCACUCGCGCUCGGCGAGCCCGGACGCGUCCCGUUGCACCGGCGGGGGACGUCCAAGACGUACGAGCGACUUGAAGACCUCCUGCGGGAGGCAGGAUACAAAGAGACGCGGAUCUUUACUCCAGAGGCCGAGCGUGCUGAGGAAGGCCGGCGGGGGAGCGUGCGCGGCGGCGUGGACGCCGUCGUGGGUUUUCUUGCUGGGUGGAUACCCGGCGCGGGCAAGGGCGAGGACUCGCCCGGCGAAGACGCAGUCGUGGCGGGUAACUCUGAGAUAGGUGAGCCCGUAGCCGAAGAGAACCAGAGUUGGACUCCGCCCUCGCCGCUGGGCCACCGAAGCAGCAGGACGGACUAUAGCCACAACAAGGGGAAAUUGCUGAUUUCAUCCUCUCCAUCUUCCACCACACUCGCGUCCUUGCACAGCUACCGGUCUGCUCACUCGAGUGGCCGCACGGCGAGCCACAUGGGGACGGACGCGCCCCCGCGAGUUAUUCAAACCACUUCACAGUCACUACGCCCCCGCGCCUCCGCGUCGGACACGCUUCGCACGUAUGCGCAAGUCUCUGCAGCGCGUGGGUACCUCAGACACAUGGUAUCCGCGCCUAACAUCCCGAGGCAGCGCCUGCCAUUGACGUGUGAGAGCUCUGCCGACCGUCGGUCAGUAUGUCUGGACGAACGCGCACCGCCCGCUCUUCCUGCGCGGUGGUUCGAAUCCAUAUCGAAAGCCGUGCUCGGUUCGGACACCGGACGCGCUCACAUGGGCGGGCCAGUCCCGUCCUCGUCCCGAGAUGAGCGGGCGCGAAGCAGCAAGUUCACACUGUCCGACCGUACGAAUCACCCGGCGGUGGGUCGCGCGUCGGGGCUUCCCCGAGGGCUCUCAGCAUACCUGCAGCGCAGCGAGACCGCCCCCGGCGCGGUGAGUACCGCGCAGGUGAUGUGUCGCUCUGCGCCCGCGUCACGUUCGUCGUCGCGCGUCAGGGGGCGCACAUCUUUCGGAUCCUUCCGCGACCCGCCACACUCAAGCAAGAGGCGCCAGGGUAAGGGUGGCGUGCCGAUACUCGCAAGCACGCAUAUCGAGAACGAGUUGUGGGGCUUGCAGUGGGUAGACCGCGGGCGCUUGCUCGUACCGCGGGCAGGCGCGGAAAGUGUCAUCGAGAAUCGAGAGGACGAAGAGGAAGAAGAAGAAGAUGACGACGACGACGACGACGAAGGCGAACUUGACCUCGCACGCAUUCUCGUGCCCCCGAAGCGCCAGUACUCGAUCCAGAGCCUCCGGAAACACCUGCACACGGGACGGCGUCCGCCUAGUCGCGGUGGCGUGCGGGAUGACGAGGACGAUGAUAUCGUCGGCGGACACUGGCGAACGCGGCGCGGGUCCAUGGAUGAGGGCCAGCAUGCAUAUGCGUGGGCCGCCCUCGGUGCGCCCGGCUUCGAGAGACCGGCGAAGAGGCGCACUGGCAUCCCACGUGGAUGGACGGGCCUCGGGAGGCGGUCGUAG